AAAGCCUCGUGGUCCGAAUUUUCCUGCUUUCGCUCGGCCAACGCGUCUGGUCAGAAGACCCACUUCUUCAUUGUUACCUAGAGUGUGACGUUCUGAUCGAGGCCCUCUUCGACUACCCGUCAAUCUCGACCACUGGGCUACGACGAGGGAGAGCCAUGCAAGGUUUUUGUUCGACACACACAUCCUUGGGACCGAAGCCUCAACCCACCGGCACCAGUGGCAUCACCGUGGGCCUGCUGUUGGCCUGGAGUCCACCUAGCACGGCUAAAGCACGCACGCAGUUCGACGUGGUGUGCAAGAAGAGGCGUAAGGAAGGUUACUCGGUCGUCGACACUAUCUCCUUCGUUAGUCUGGACAAAGCGCGUCCCUCCGAGGGGCUGCAACACCGCUCUCUACCGCAAAUACACCGUGGCCUUAGACUUCAGCUCCAAGUACAAGCGGACCCGUGCUUCGGCUGCUACCGUUACGUGCUCAACUGGACCCGACAGCUCUUCUACACUGUUCUCGACAUGCUACUGCACACUUUCCAGUGGGUCGUGACCGGCAUAGCGAUGCGCGCGCGAGCACCCACCCAGUUCCAGAAUCUGUUCCAGAGCCCUGCCAGUGCCUACACCAGCUGCAUCGCCGUUAUGAAGGGGAAGGCUACACUUGCAGAAGCUGAGAGAGGAGAAAGAGGAGGACGGCGACUCCAGACCUCUUGUCAGCAGCCCUCGGUGGUCUGGAAUCCAGCAGGAGGACGCGCCGCGUCUGACUGACAACCACGCACAGGAUCGCGUUGUUGGCCGGCGGCGCUAUCAAAUUCCUCCGCACCUGACCCGCCAGCCAUAACGCAUGAUCAAAGAGAGAGAGCGUCACGGGGCUGGACAGGUGACACGGAACUAUGCUGGUCCCGCGAGCACAUUUGGGCGUGGAUCCUAAGCGCCCCAUUCACACGGUGGACGUUAAGGAACCCUGCUUGCGCUUAACGCGCAUUUAGUUUUCACUUCUGUAGUUGUUUUUCUGAUUGUAUUUCGAUGAAAAUAACGUGUAUUGUC